AUGCCGCGCUUCGAUCAAUUCCUGGCCUCGGCGCUUAGCCUUACGAACGAGAACUCGGCUGCAUUGAUAAAUACAAAAUUCGAUUUCACUCUCUUCAGAGUAGAGGCUCCAGCAGAAUUUGCACCGGUCGGUCCAGCACUUUCUGCUCGUCGCCGUUUGGAAGCUGAGACCGGUUCUGUCCAUCGAACAGCAAGACGACUGGCAGCUCUUUUCGAAUACAUCACCCCCUCGAAACCCCAUUUGGUUUCCGCAUAUGGAAGGCGAGUCAGUAGCAUUAUUUCUCACCGCAGUAUCAAUCCCCGUGGGUCAACCCAGGAUGGACCGUUUGAACCCUUCGUAGGAGCUGACGGUACUGCCAUGUGGGCUGCGGCUACAUCUGGCCCUGGAGCGAUCGGGAUGUACCUACUUGCUUGCAUGUUGGCACGAGCAUGGGAUUCAAGUCAGGCUGUCUCAAUUUGGGUCGAACUCGUCAAAACAAGAGCAAACGAAAUCCGGAGCGGAUUUGAAAAUGGAGAGCAUACUCCAACGACCACUCUAAUGAGCACAUUACAGGAUAUCAGCCGAGAAGAUUUGGCUCUUUGGGAUGCAAGUGCACGGUCCUGGCUGAGAAGUGCGGACCAAGCCAAGCAAUGGCACGUGAAGCAGCUGGAGCUUGUGACCAAGGACCUGAACAUUGCAUUCAGCCAGGGGCCGACAACCUACGCCAAAGUCAUUGCAGCGUGGACACAGGCAAUGGCAGGCAUGGAGGAUUUGCUCAAGGGUUUCCCACAGCAGAUAUCGGACGCCUCUAUACUACUCGCCUUCUCAGCGUGGCAUCUUUUUCCUGAUCUAAUAUUGCUGGCUGAUGGAGUCCUGAAGAUACCUUUCCGAGACGACCUAUUUCCUGAAAACGGUAUCGGCACAAUUGGGUUAUUGCCCGCUGACAAAUCUUCUCGUGGAAUUCAGUGGUCGUUGACCCUUUCCCACCUCCGAUACUACGGAGGAGCUGCGGAAGUCUCCAGUCUGGCGAGUCAGCCUCGGGUAUCAUUCGGAAGAGUGCGUCUUGCCGUCUUGGGCUGUUUGUUCUUCAAAUGGAGGCUCAACCGUAGAGAUUUUAUUGCAGCAGCAAAGUUUCUGAGUGGUCUUUGGGAAAUACUUAUCGAGAACGGCGACCGUCCCUUACAUCAGCCUGUAACUGAGCAAUUUCGAUGGCUCUACACAUUUAUACAAGCCUCAAACGAUCUUCUGCUUGCCCAGUCAAACAACACUCCUCUCUAUGAAGACUACUUGCGGAUUAUCGGCUUUGGGUAUAGACGCGGAAGAGAAUUCCUUGGACCUGCAGAGGAAACGAUCAAUCCAUUCUUUGGCUUGAACAACAGGCAUGUCGUUGAAGCUCUAAAAGCUGCUGAAGACCCUGAAUGUGGUGUUAACUUCCUUCGGUCUGUAGCACAAGCUUCCGGGGUAGAGCCGGGUAAUGCAAUAAUCCUAUGUGGACACUGGGAAGAGUUCGAGUCAAGCGUGAAGAAUCCAACUCUGUAUGAAUAUGCCACUGCACGCCCACACCAAAUAUUGGCGGAUGUGGUGGGCAAGGGCACUCAAGAGCUUGUCAACUUCUCGGCCCGCUGGUUCGAGCCUCAGAAGACUGGGGCUGGGGCGGGGGCUCUCCAACAGCGAAAACAUGCUAUCUCAAUGAAGGGAGAGCUAGUUAUCACUGACACAAGUGUGUCAAAGGAUGAUGGCAACAACCUACUAUGGUACAAUCCCCCCAAACUCUUCUCUCACUUGAAAUGCAACGCAAGCAAUACAACUUCACACACAACAUUGGACCAGAUUAGCACUCAGUCACUAGGUUGCGACUGUCUGACAGGAAAAAGUGACGAAAGAAUAUCUUUCACUCGUGGGCUAGGAUCAUAUCAUUGCGGUCUAUACUUAGCUCAGAGGAUCAACCUUUGCACUGAUAUUCGGAUUGAUCCAUUAUCCGCUUUGGAUGCUCUAAGAUCCAGCGCCCACAGAGGCACUUUAUGGAGUUACAUGUCCUCUUUGGCUCACAAGUCAUGGCGGCAGUCUACUGCAUACGGCUCCGAGGUUGGCGUUUCACUUGUUUCGAAGUCUUCAAAAUUCUCAUCCGCGAUGUGCCGGGCUCUACACAACCUUGCGAUUGCAGAUAUCGUUUUCGAGCCAGUCACCAACCCGACCAUACACCUGAAGUGUCUUUCUUCUCCCCUGCAUGAGGUAUCCUGGGCUCCGAAGAUCAUCCCACGUGAGGGCUCGAUGAUUCCCGAAAAUGACAGUGACAUUGUGCCUAUGCAAUGUCGAGUUCUAAAUAUCCAGAGCAGAAUGCACACUCCGAUAUGUUCGCUACCGACCCGUCAACAGGCACUAAGUUGUAUAAUUUUCUUCGAUUCGGGUUCUAUUGAUAUUGACCCCGAAGAGUUGACGGAAGUAUUGGCAGUGAGCGCGGGAAACUCUUUGUAUGCCCCUAGCUUCAUCCUCUCCGACCCGGCAAAGAUCGUUCCAGAGUACGGGUUCCGACAUAUCAUUGGAAAUAUCGGUCGAAGAGGUAUUUCAUUGCUUGUGACACACCAAGAUCCUCAAAUCAGACCCCUCGGCGAUGAUUAUAGAAUGGUCAAUCAUGCUCCAUACGAUUCCAAGCGGGAGGACAACUUCACAGGUACCUCUUUCCAUCUUUCAUUUACAGAAUAUGCGCAGCCAUUGGCCUCCCAAUUUGUCUCAAACAUUAUAGACCAAGAGGUCUACUUUGUCGGAUCCGUCCUCUCAGUUCGAGACAGAGGAAACUGGGUCGCUGAUCUUAACAUCCUCGAGGUCGAUUUCAAGGCUAUUACCAAGUUCAACAGGCGCGCCGACUGUACAUGUGGCGGUCAGCUUGAGACAUCCUCAAACACGGAUAUUACGUCCAUUGAUAGUUGGGAAGAGUUGCUUGACAGUCCAUCGUCCACUGCUAUUGUGCGUGCACAUGGAAAUUGGCCUGCUCGGCUCGCAGCCAUAGCUGUUUUGUUCCAGUGUGGGCAUGGCCACUGUGUUGGAAUAUUCGGCGAGGAACCGUUCUGCUUGAACUGCAUGCAACUUGAAAACGAGAAAUCCCUGGGCCGUGCAGGUUUCCAAGAGUAUGAGUCAAAUCUCCCUCAAUUCUGCAUCGAUUGA